AUGCUUAGAGAUUUUGAACGCUCUAAGCAUUUAGAGGGUUCCCUAAAUGCUGUCCCAGAGAGGGUGGUGACUGAUGGAAGCUCCCUUCCACCUCUUUUCCUACAACUUUUCUCGCCCCCCCCAUCCCCGCUCCCGACACACUGGGAUGCCCCUUGGGAACAGAACACAAGCAUUUAUGACCAGGAGCUUUGGAAUCUGACCUGGUCAUACCUGAGCUAUUUCCCCCGGCCCCGGAGGGACAGGGGUUGGAGUGGGAUGUGGAGAACCUGGCCGAACAGCAAUCAGAGCUUCCCGACACUGUUGGUCUCAGAAAGGAGGGGGAAGCUGGGGCCACCCGGGGGUUGUCGAGACUCAGCCAGACCAGAGGGGGUCUGA